AAUCAACUUCAUAUGUGCUCUCCACUACACCAGGUAACAGCGUGUGCCUGGGUGUCUGAUGGAUGUCAGCUGUUCACCGGCAGUAGAUGUGGAGUCAUCACGGCCUACAUUAACCGCUUCAAUACAACUACUCCUACAGAGAUGGAGGUAGAGUCCCAGGUCCACCUGUAUGGCCACAGCUCUGAGGUGACCAGCCUCCAUGUGUGUAAACCAUAACAGCAUCCUUAUCUCUGUGUCCAGGGACGGAACAUGCAUCCUCUGGGACCUCAACAGGUUGUGUUUAUGUCCAGAGCCUGACGGGUCACAAGAGCCCGGUGACCGCAGUGUCAGCAGUGAGACCACAGGGGACAUCGCUACGGUCUGUGACUCAGUGGGCGGGGGCAGUGACCUACGGUUGUGGACUGUGAACGGCGAUCUGAUUGGCCACGUCCACUGUCGCGAGAUCAUCUGCUCUGUGGCGUUCUCCAAUCAGCCGGAGGGAGUGUCUGUCAACGUCAUCACAGGGGGCCUGGAGAACGGAGUGGUCAGGCUGUGGAGCACCUGGGACUUGAAGCCAGUGAGAGAGAUCACCUUCCCCAAGUCGAACAAGCCUAUCAUCAGCCUGACGUAUUCCUGUGACGGCCACCACCUCUACACCGCUAACAGUGAGGGGACGGUCAUGGCCUGGUGUAGGAGAGACCAGCAGAGGAUGAAACUCCCCAUGUUCUACAGCUUCCUCUCUAGCUACGCUGCCAGCUGACAGACUAGGGCCUUGAACGACUACACUACCCACAAUCCUCCUGAGAGACAUGAUUACAAUACCCAUAGUCCUUUUCUGACGCAUGGCCCCAGACUACCCUGAGAGACCGCAUGAGGGACAGAACUACAAUACCCACAGUCCUCUGCUAGUAUGGCAGCCCCCAGACCUCCUGGCAUGUUGAGAGUUAGAACUACAAUACCCAUAGUUCUCUUCUCUUCUGACGCAUUGCUCCAGACAACCCUGGGACGAAACUACAAUAACCACAGUUCUCCAGGCGGACGGAACAGCCUGAACCUCUCCAUGAGCAGUCAGUCCCCUUCCCUCCCCCCGCCGGGAGACGGACAUGUCAACAUGCUGCAGACGACCAAUCAAAGCCCUCAGCUCAGACUCUAAGACCCUACAGCCAUUUCCGUGCGAGCAGACUAGUGGCUGUUAACAUGAAGCUAAGAUAUGAUAUUAAAGACAUCUAGAUAUACAUUUUAUUUGCUUUUGGAAUGUUUUGGUUUUGUUGUCGUGGUAAUAGUGUUCCUUCCUUCUGAAAUGUGUUGCUGAUGACUUGAUUGGUUGUUUGGACUGUCCUGGUGAGCUGCUACAUAACAUCUGACCAAUCCCAAGUCAGACCAGAGGGCUGAAGGCCCCGCCUCUGCUAGUGUCUGACCAAUCCAAAGCCAGAGCAGAGGGUUGAAGACCCGUCCCCGUCUCUCCUCUACGGCCGACGUAUGUCUCUCUGCAUGAGUCACCUGACUGAUGGCUUUUGUUCCUGAGAGACUAGGACAAGCUUCAGUUACAGGGGCACACUGCAUAUCUGUCACCUACCUGGAGAUGACCCUGCAUGGCCCUGUGGGGUCUGAGAGACCCUUCCUGGCCACUCUGAACUCUAGACUACGUAGACCAGCUAGGGGGAUCUGGGAUGACGUGGGUUGUGUUGCCUGUAAUGUCCUGCCCUGUGCCCUAAGAAAGGCCUCUUCUUGCAUGCUGGAAUUAAGGAGACGGAGGGGGAUGCAUGGAUGGGUGUGGAUGGGUGCAGGGGUGUGUGGAUGGAUGUGUGUGUGAGAGCUUGAAAGCACUAACUCCAUUGUGUUCCUUGUGUUCCUGCCUUGUAUCAAUCCUGUUUCCUGCCUUGUAUCAAUCCUGUUUCCUGCCUUGUAUCAACCCUGUUUCCUGCCUUGUAUCAAUCCUGUUUCUUGUGUCAUUUUGUUUUCACUUUGUUUUUGCAUUGGCUUCCUUAGAGUGCUGUUGUCGUUAUUUGUUAUUAUCAAUGAAAGCUGAGAAUGAUCUGCUGUC